CUCGGAGUGGUAACAAUAAUCAGAGUUCACUGCAAGUUGUGGUUGUCCUGCCCCACGUCGACUUGCGCGGUCAAGGCUGCAUCCAAAACGCCCGCCGCAACCGUAGCGAUCUCCAGCACUGCCAGCUUGUUCCCUCCGUCUUCACUCCUGAAUUCUACCAACCGCACAUUCAGUGAGCUUGUCGUCUGUUCUCUGUUACUGCAGGCCAUCUUUAUUUGUUAUCUCUUUCACCUUGGCGCAGCCUUCCGCGUAAGGUGGCGCAGAUACUGCGUCACCGCUGUGUCGAGUAAGAUCAAUUGACGGCCACCUUAUCACACCGCAAAGGCCUCAAGCUACGACCCACGCAGCUCGCCCCCGCGAAAAUGCCUACGGUACCCUUCAAAGUCAAAGCGGUCUUUGACUACAAGUCAGAAGAGCCGGACGAUUUGAAUUUCGAGAAUGGCCAGAUAAUUACUGUCACGGACGAGGAAGAUGCAGAUUGGUAUACCGGGGAAUACGUAAACGCCGCAGGAGAGAAGCUAGAAGGCAUAUUUCCCAAGAAUUUCGUCGAGAAGUACGAGCCGGCCAUUCCAUCACGACCGGCACGAGCCCAAAGGCGUGUGCCGGUUGUUCCAGAGGCAUCCGAUCAAAAGGCAGAGGGUUCAACGUUACAGCAUGAAUCUCAAGCUGCGGAGGAGAACCCCGAGGCUGCUGGACCAUCUAAGAUCCAACAAGAAGAGGAGCAGGGGCGAGCCAAGGAGCCAGAGCCGCGCUCAAUCGAGGCACCGGAGACGACUGUAGCGGUGAGCAACGCACCAGAGCCUGAGAGUGCGGCACCUGAAGCGGAACCGCAUCAUCCCUCACCAGCUUCUAAGCACGCACCACCUGUUGCAGAGAAGCCAAUAUCGAGUUCAUUCAGAGAUCGGAUUGCAGCAUUCAAUAAACCUGCUGCUCCGCCAAUCACUCCCUAUAAGCCAGCCGGCACCUCGGCCUCUACCUUUAUAAAGAAGCCCUUUGUUGCUCCUCCCCCCAGCAGAAACGCCUACAUUCCGCCUCCGCGGGAACCGCCCUCCCAGAAACCAUACAAGCGGGAGGAAGAAAGCGUUCAAAACGAGCCCGAAGCAAGAGAGUCGCCGGAUGCCCCUGCACCCCAGUCUACUCAGCCCGAAACGCAGGCAGAUGACCAACCGAAGCCUCAAAGCCUGAAAGACAGAAUAGCUUUGUUGCAGAAACAGCAGUUAGAACAAGCAGCCCGGAAUGCUGAGAAGAAAGAAAAGCCGAAGAAACCGCCGAAGAAACGUGCGGAGCACUCUGAAUCUGCCGAGCACGCUGCACCCCCUGAUGCAGGCUUGUCCAAGGUAGACACUAACGAGACUAUUGGGCGCUCAUCGACCGAUUUGGGCGAAGAACAUCAUGACACCGUACAUGGUCCUCCGGCUCGCCGCCCAUCUAACCUUGCCAGUGUUACCUCUCAACCGCAGCCUUCUCGAGAGUUGGUCAGCGACACCAACGACGCCGAUGAUUCAGGGGCCGGGGAUGACGAGGACGCACAAGAGACUUCUACAGAAGAAGAACGACCGAAACCCCAGGUCAGCGGACAACCAGGUCCCGGAGCUACGCAGGGAAGAGACCUCGAGCGUGAACCAGAAGCUGAAAACGAAGAGGAUCAAGAAGAUGAGGAUGAAGAAGAAGAGGAAGAGGACCCUGAGGUUCGCCGACGAAGAGAGCUGAGAGACCGCAUGGCCAAGAUGAGUGGAGGCAUGGGGAUGAUGGGAAUGUUCGGAGCCCCUGCGCCAAUGGGACAAUCUGCAGCUGGCAGUAAAGCAAGGCCAGUCCAGUCCAGUCGACAAACUGCUGAAGGACAGCACCACGAUACUUCCGAAGAGACAGCCCCAGCGGCUCCAGUGCGCAUCAUGGCACUGCCAGGUAUGUCGAACGCUGCGCUGAAGCGACAGGAAGAAGCUGCAGUAAAAGAAGACAGCGACGAGGAUGAAACCGCUCAACCCACGCCUCUUGUCUCUGCACAACACGGCGAAGAUGUCGAUUAUGUUUCACGGCCGACGCAGCGGCAGUCGAUUGAUCGCCCCGCUCCACCGUUGCCUCCUCAAGACCGCGCGCCCCCUCCCGCACCACCACGCGAGGCGCGAGGCGCUCCACCACCUCCACCGGGCACAAGACCUGCCAUACCACCUCCUCAGUCUCCGAUAUCCCGACCCCCUCCGCCAAUCCUACAGGUUGAACAAACGGGGUCAUUGGAGUUGUCCGAUGGCGAAGAUGAGGAUGCCAGCGCAACCCCGGGCGACAGUGUUCCCGAGAAAUCGGCCCUUGAAGGUACAGCUAACCCUCCUGCGGUUCCGCCCCCUCCCCCUGCGAGAGGACCCGAUCCUCCCAGACUGGACGUAAGCGAAUCUGCCACAUUUUCGGCGAGUGAACAACGGUCCAGUCGACCUCCACCACCUAUCCCGGUGAGCCCGACAGUUUCGUCUCCCCAGACGAGAGCACCUCCACCACCGCCGCCAGGACUGCCCCCUAGCCGCCGUUCGACAAGCGAUUCGCGCGGCUUUACGGCCGCUCAGCCGCCUAGCGCUGGCGUAAGUGACGACGAGGAGGAGGCAGAGGUAACUGAAUACGAUGGUGACUACGAUACCGACAUUGCGUCCAGUGCCAAGCACAAAGAUGCCUUGAAGUCUCACAAUCGUGACUCGAGCGUGGAUGAGGGAGUGCUCACAGAUGAUGGCACAAAGCCCCCAAGGAGCCCACCAGCCCGGGCAGCACCACCGGUACCCCCGGUCGCUGCACCCCGAGAAGUCCCUCCUCCGCCCCCUCCACAGUCCGCCCCUAAGACGAGGAGGUCCAUGGACGCACCUCGUUCCGCUCCUCCACCUGUUCCAAUUCCCAAGGUGGAUAAUGAUGACGAUUAUGAUCCGUUUCGAUAUAUUGCACCUCCUUCGAGCUCCACGUCUGCUCACGGUAGGGCUCAUUAUGCUACUGUGUUGCAGUCUCCAAAAGAAGAGCUUGAAGAAGGGGAUAUCUAUGGCUCUGCGCCUUCCCAGGCUCCCUUGCCACCCCCACCGGCGGAGCGAAACCCCCCACCACCUCCUCCCCCUGACAGGACGGAACAUGUCCCUCAUUCGUCCUACGGUGGACCAGCGCUGCCCACCAACUCUCCACGCCAAUCACUCGAUGUGAAAAGAACUGGCACGGGCCCGCGCCGCUCGAUGGAUCAGUCACGGGCUGGUGGUGAACAAGGCUUCAUUGCCCAUGAUAUCGAUCUUGGAAACGGAACAAUGUGGUGGACUCAUGAUAACACACCGCCCCCGUCCAUACAGGGAAGACCGGAUGUUUUGUACGAGGUCGAGACAUCCUCGGCGAACCACGGCGGUAGGACCACCAUCUCUCGAGAUGUUUAUGUCCUGUACAUGGACUAUUCCCAAACGACGAUCAACGUCAAUUUUGACGCGUCUAACCCAUCUCACGCUACACUCGAGCAACACCACGAGCGGCCUCCACCUGCGCCACGACGAGACCAGCUUGAAGCCGCAUCGAAUCAGUUCGGCGCACAGAUAGCUAAGGCCGCUGGAGCCCUUGUUGGUGCGACUGUCGGAGAUGGCUCCGCCCGAGCUCUGAUUCUUGAACUUCUGAAGCCAUAUCCCACGGCUCUAUUGCCUGUUGGUACCAGAGCUUAUGGUGCCCUUGUGUACGCCAACCUCGGCAAUGCCUCGACGCAGCAAUACGAUGAAAUCCGCCCCGGUGACAUUGUGACUUUCCGCAAUGCCAAGUUCUCAGGCCACAAAGGAGGUCUGCACGCCAAAUACAGUAUUGAUGUCGGCAAGCCAGAGCAUGUUGCAGUUGUGAUCGGCUGGGAUGGUACAAAGAAGAAAAUCCGAGCCUGGGAACAAGGGCGAGAUUUGGAGAAGGGCAAAAGACCCAAGGUUAAAGAGGAGAGCUUCAAGGUUAGUGACCUAAAGAGCGGAGAGGUCAUGGUGUGGAGAGUCAUGCCUCGAACUUGGGUUGGUUGGGAGACCAUCAAGUCAUGACACAGAGAGGCAUUUGAACAACUUUGAUCAGGAGUGAUAGAAUAAUUCUACAGCCGACCCGCUGGAAUGCUACCUACGUUUCAUCCACAGUGGUUGAUUAUUCAAGUGCUGUUACCAGGUCUCAGAUAGGAUCACCCUGCCACCGGAAUGUCGUUGGAGGGGAGUGCUGCUAAAUCGUUUAGAUUCUGCUUUCAAGUAGGGCCUGUGCCGACUCGAUUCUGGCUCUUGCUCUUGAAUGUUUAGCACGUACGACAUAGGCAGCUAUUGUUGGAAACUCGGCUUAUCCACCGCAGUGCCGUUCGGCAGCAGGGCUCGUGCCGACCUGGACCGCCCCAAGUCUGGUUCAUUUAUAUGGGACUGUUCUAUGGGAGAAUGAAACUGCCAGGUCCAGCGGAAGGCGG